AUGAUAAAAUCGACGAAAAGGGUGACUGCAGCUGUACCAAGAACUGAUUACCGGAGUACGUUGAGUGGGACCGACGUUCUUGAGAUUUUCUACGAUGUCUACGAAACUGAGGAUCUUAGAGCUGUUCCCGAGGUUAACAUCGUGUUUCUACAUGGAACGGGUAUGACAAAGAGCAUAUGGGAAUGGUACGUGAAAUAUUUCCACAAACAGAUCCAAGCGAACCCUGAAAAAUACCAGUAUAAGCUUGGGAAGCUAAUAGCAGUGGACCAAGUGAACCAUGGUGAUUCCUGUGUUGCCAACGAGGGGAAACUUGGCUCUAUAUUCCAUUGGAUCGAUGGUUCUAAGGAUAUUAUCAAGAUAUGUGACGUUGAGUUAAAUCCUCCAAAACAAAACAGUUUCAACGUACUGAUUGGGCAUUCUAUGGGUGGGCAUCAAGCUCUUGGUUGCGGUAUACUAUCUCCAAACUUGUUUCAGCUUAUCAUAACCAUGGAGCCCGUUGUUAAGAUGCUUAACCCACCAAGUCCAAAGAAGAUCACGCUUUUGAGUAACAACUAUUUCAAUGCUAUUAGCAACAUGGUUCAAGACACCUUUGCCACAAGGGACGAGUACGAGGAGUUCAUGAGGAAGCGCAGCUUUUGGAGAAACUCUGAUAAAACUAUUUUAGAUACUUUCUGUGACGCUGAGUUGAUAAAACGAGGAUCGAAAUUCCACACGAAGACUUCAAAAGAGCAACACCUCAUCGGGUACAUGUGUCUCCACCCCUAUGCUUACUGGUUAAUUGACAACUUGAAAUGGAUUGAAAGCCCCGUGAUUUGCUACGUGGGUGGUAAAUCUAAAUGGUGUCCGCCGGAAAAUUAUCAGCUGUUACAGGACACCAUUCCUCAUUACAAACGCAUCCAAAUCGACAAUGUCGACCAUCUUAUGAACAUUGAAAAUCCGAACGUAAUCGGACCGAUGCUUCUUGGCCACAUUACGAAAAAACUCCAAUCAGCCUCAGUGGAUGAAUUACACAACAAUAGAGAUCAGUUCGAACCAUUGUACAAAGAAUUAGUCGCUACACGAGUCGUAAAUAAACCCAAAUCAAAGUUGUGA